ACCAUGAGUGCGUGUUCGCGGGGUACAGAGCACAGAGGUUCAGGGCUUGGGGAUGCUAUGUACAUGGGUACACGGUGCUGGAUGUAGGGGUACAAGGGCUGGGGCUGCUGGACAUGAGGGUGCAGGGUCUGUGUGUGCAGGUCACAGAGAUGCAAAACAUAUGGGUGCAAGACUUGGGGUGCCAACAGGGUCCCUUCCACCCUGACACCAUCCAGGGCUCUCCAGAAGCACUAAUGGAGAAGGACAUCAACGGCUGCCAGGAUGGGGCCAAGACAGAGCCAAGCGCCAGGCUGGGCACCGAGGGGACAGAGACACAGCUGGACGAUUUUGUGGGUCCUCACCCUGACUACAAUGAGGAGGAAGAAGAGCAGAAGUACUUUCGCCGCAAACGCCUCGGUGUCAUCAAGAACGUGGUGGCUGCCAGCCUGGCUGGCACCCUCACUUACAGCGUCUACCUGGGUCUGCUGCAGAUGCAGCUGAUUCUUCACUAUGACGAGACCUACCGGGAGGUGAAGUACAGCAAUAUCCGGUUGGAGGACAUCGACCGCAAGGUGCUGAUGGGCAUCAACGUCACACCCGUGGCAGCGCUGCUCUACACACCCAUCCUCAUCAGGUUUUUUGGCACCAAGUGGGCCAUGUUCCUGGCGAUCGGCAUCUACGCCCUCUUCGUCUCCAGCAACUACUGGGAGCGCUACUACACGCUGGUGCCCUCUGCAGUGGCCAUUGGCAUGGUGAUCGUGCCCCUCUGGGCCUCCAUGGGCACCUACAUCAUGCGGAUGGCCCAGAAGUACUACGAGUACAUUAACUACAAGGAGGAGCAGGAGAAGGAGAAGCAGCGGGCACCACGGGACGCCUGCAAUGCCUACAUCAUCGUCUUCCAGACCAUCUUCUACUCCUGCUUCCACUUGAGCUUCGUCUGCGCUCAGAUGCCCAUGGUCUUCUUCCUCAACAACUACCUCUACCAACUCAACCACACGCUCUUUGCAGUGAGGCACUGCGGGACCCUGAGCCACGGUACGCUGCCUGGUUUCAACAAGACGGUGCUGCAGAGCCUUCCCCGCAGCGUCAACCUCAUCAUCGUGGAGAGCGCCUUGAUGGCCGCCGCCUUCCUCGCCAUGCUGGUGGUGCUGGUGCUGUGUGGCGCGGCGUACCGGCCCAUGGAGGAGAUUGACAUGCGCAGCAUUGGCUGGGGUAACAUCUUCCAGCUGCCCUUCAAGCACAUGCGGGACUAUCGCCUGCGGCACCUCUUCCCACUGUUCAUCUACAGCGGCUUCGAGGUGCUCUUUGUCUGCACGGGAUUUUCCCUGAACUAUGGCGUGUGCGCCCUCGGGCUGGAGAGGCUGGCGUAUCUGCUCAUGGCCUACGGCUUCUCCGCCUCGGUGUGCUCCAGCCUGGCCCUGUGCAUGCUGCGCCUGCGCCGGCACAUCCCGCUCCUGGCUGGAGCUCUGAUCCACGCUGUGCUCCUGGUGACGCUCUUCUGCUGGGCGCCGGAGCCCCGGUACCUGGCACAGGCACCGCUGCUCUACAGCAUUGCCGCGCUCUGGGGCACCGGCAGCGCCCUCAACAAGACCGGAAUCAGCAUCCUCCUAGGGAUGUUGUACAAGAAAAAGGAGCGCCAAGACUUCAUCUUCACCAUCUACCACUGGUGGCAGGCCCUGGCUAUCUUUGCCGUCUACCUGUGGUCGGGGCUGCCCAUGAAGGCCAAGCUGUCCAUCAUGCUGCUGACGCUGGUGGUGGCGGUGGGGACAUACCUGUGGAUGGAGCGGAAGGUGGCGUGGAACAUGGAAGUGCGGCUGCCCCGCAUCCCACGCCCACGCCACAAAACACGUGGAUACCGCUACCUGGAGGACAACUCGGAUGAGACUGGCUCUGACGGUGACGGGGACAAGGAGGAUGAUGACAGGCACCCAACUGAGGCCACCAGGGAGGACGAGCUGCCAAAAGAGGACAGGGAGCUGCUGGGAUAGGGAGAGCCUGUCCUGGGCCUGCUCUUGGUACCUGAGGGGGUUCCACAGCUCCCCCCAGGUGGGCCCAAAAUUC